AAAACCAAAACUAAGAGGGAAAGCCAACCAUCGCAGCAAAGUUAACGGGACAACCACGCCGUUCUCUCUCUCACCCUUCCCACCCCUCUCGGUUCUCUUUCUCUCUCUCUGCAAUUUCUAGGGUUUGCCAGAACUUAAUUGUUAUUUUAUCUGCAUAUCCAGAGAUGGUACUGUCACAGAAGCUUCACGAAGCAUUCAAAGGCACAGUAGAGAGAAUCACAGGGCCGCGGACGGUCUCUGCCUUCAAAGAGAAAGGCGUUCUUAGCGUCAGCGAAUUCAUUAUUGCUGGUGACAAUCUCGUCUCUAAAUGCCCCACCUGGUCCUGGGAAUCAGGCGAACCAAGCAAGAGGAAGUCUUACUUGCCUCCAGAAAAACAGUUCUUGAUCACUCGGAAUGUUCCCUGCCUACGAAGAGCUGCUUCUGUUGAAGAAGAAUAUGAAGCUGCUGGCGGUGAAGUUCUACUUGAUAAUGAAGAUAAUGAUGGCUGGCUGGCAACUCAUGGGAAACCAAAAGAAACAAAAGGUGAUGAGGAUGAUAAUGUACCAUCGAUGGAGGCCCUAGAGAUCAGCAAAAAGAAUCAUAUUCAAUCAAUAUCCUCAUACUUUGGGGGUGAAGAGGAAGAAGAUAUUCCAGACAUGGCUGACUAUGAAGGCACUAACAAUCUAAUUGAAACAGAUCCUGCAACACUUCAGUCUACUUAUCUUGUAGCUCAUGAACCUGAUGAUGACAAUAUUUUACGUACUCGAACAUAUGAUGUCAGCAUCACGUAUGAUAAAUAUUAUCAAACUCCUCGUGUAUGGCUCACUGGAUAUGAUGAGUCGAGGAUGCUUCUGCAACCAGAACUUGUACUUGAAGAUGUUAGUCAAGACCAUGCACGCAAAACGGUAACUAUUGAAGACCAUCCUCACUUGCCUGGAAAGCAUGCUUCUGUACAUCCAUGCCGACAUGGGGCUGUCAUGAAGAAAAUUAUUGAUGUCUUAAUGUCACGUGGAGUUGAACCAGAAGUUGACAAGUAUCUUUUCCUAUUCUUGAAAUUUGUAGCCUCUGUAAUUCCAACUAUUGAAUAUGAUUACACAAUGGACUUCGAUCUUGGCAGCUCAAGCAACUAAUCUAAGGUGGAAUCGGCUGUAAAUUCAAAAAUUUAUCUUCUGGUGCAUUCUCUACUGAUGUGCUUUCUACGUGUUACUUUACUAAAAUCUCUAGAAGAAACUUGUUAAAAUGUCUAUUUAAGAGAGAGACUUAAGCUUGUGAAUGUGUUCAUGAUGUCAUGCGUUUAUAAAUUGUAAAGGGGGAAGAUAAACUCUACUCAAGAUUAUUUAGUUUGGCAUGCCAUUGUCAAUAAGCUUGAGGUGUGGCAUUCUACAUCGGUCUAUGUGAUACAACAUUUCGCA